AUUCAGCCGAGCAGCAUGCCAUUGUUAUUGAAACCACACUGGCAAGCUUGGACGUGUUGCGUAAGCGAUCCGAAACAGAAUAUGUAGGAGCGUUUUGCGAUAUGUACGCCGAUGCACGCUGUCGCUUGUGGCAUAUUGGAGCGCGCAGACGCCGUGGGAUCUGAGCGGCCAACCAAACGGCACAUCUCCAGACUGGCCAGAGGAGAUACGACGGAUGCCCUCAUUGACGGCAGUCUGGCAGUCAGCGAAACCGUCAGACAUGGACGUAGUGAAGCCGGCUGUACCGUUUGACCCAUUUGUGCAGCCGCAAGCCACAGGCUUUCUGGCUAUGCCGCCCGAGUUGCGAAAUGUCAUCUACAGCUACAUCGCACAGCGUCAUGAGCUUGCCGUCUGUGCUGUGACUCCACGACAAUUGCGGAUAUAUCAGCCGCCAUUGAUGCAGACCUGUCGCCAGGUCCAGCGGGAGUACGUCAGUGUGUGGCUGGAAGAAGCACCUUUGCGAGCAGAUACCGUCUCCAUUCACAUUAGGAACUUCGAAGGAGACUACGUGGUAAAUGCAAUAAGCACGCUCUUACCAUCCCCUGCGGCAGGUGUCCAUCGGAAGUUCAUCAUACAUCUCCACCUGGACAAUUACUUCGAGCAGACUCAAGUCAAGAAACUGGUAGGUGGCUACAGUGGUCUUGACGGACCAGGUGAACAGCUGGGUCCGGCCUUUGCUGGCUUCCGGAUGAGCUUCGAUCCGCAGGCGUUCGAUGUGCAUUUCGCGGAGCAAUACUUCGCAAAGACGCAGAUGCGGCUUAGAGGCCUCGGAACGGUCAAGGCCGUUUGCAAGUGGCGUGUGUUUCAGCAGGCUUUCGAACUUGCCAAAGCACACUAUGAGCAAAUCUGAAUGACAGCUCCCGAGCGGAGGACUCAGGCAGUACCGUGAUUGCUAUGCAGAGAGGGCCGACUUCUUCCUAAUAUUAUUGCUGUCCCAAGUCUCAGACUAGCGCAGAGGGUUUCGUAGCACGUUCGGCUAAAAUCUCGUGCAUCGUGCUUCUGAACAGACCAUUUCUGUUCCGGUUCCCAGGAGCACUGUGGACGCUCUCAGCUGUGUGUUCAAUCUAUGGGAACUCUUAUUUGCAGAUUGACCCGGGUAAGCCGGUGCCAAGAGGGCAAUGUUACGGUUGUCAGUGAU